UCGAAAAUAAAUAUGCAAGCAAUCAACAAUACCCAAAUACUUCAGUAUAAUGGAAUAAAAAUUAUGAACAUUCCUAGUCUAGAGAGCGAGAGCGUAAUCAACAUAAUUAAUAUAAUUUCGAAGAGUAUUGAUUUUCCCUUCAAUGAAAACAAAAUCAAUCAAUGCUACCGAAUGCCAUCUCGGAACUCAAAGGUUAUUUCUCCUAUUAUAUUGAAAUUCAACAGCAAAUCGGACCAGAGAGGAUUCCUAUUGUCGGCGCGGAAGUCAUUCUGAAGACUGGGCUGCUGGGUAUAGAACCUAACAGACCAAUUUUUGUUCAAGAAUUGAUGUCACCCUACUUUUAUUCGCUAUUCAAACGUGCAAAGGAUCUUCAAUCAAGAGGUGUGCUCAAGUAUGUGUGGUUCAGGAAUAACGAGCUUCUGAUUAAGAAAUCAAACUCAAAUAAAGCCAUUCAAAUCAGAUAUGUUGAGGACAUAGGUGCUUUGGUUGGGGAUAAUCCUCAGUAUUCGAGAGACGAUUUGAAAUGUUGGAGGAUUGUGUAAUGUGUUUAUUAACGAGCGAAGUGAGGUCUAAGAUUCAAGUCGACGGUUUGGCAUUUCUCUUAAUGUUUAAAUGUUUGAAUGUUUAUAUU